CACGCGCGCGCAACGCUAUCGUUCGGAACGUUCGAAAUCGUAAAGAAGUGAAGAAGAAAUAAUAAUAAUCGCAACGACUACAUCAUCAUGACCGGUCGCGGUAAAGGAGGAAAGGGUCUGGGAAAAGGUGGAGCCAAGCGACACAGGAAAGUACUCCGUGAUAACAUCCAGGGUAUCACCAAACCGGCCAUACGUCGUCUGGCACGCAGAGGCGGCGUCAAACGUAUCUCCGGUCUGAUAUACGAAGAGACCAGAGGCGUUCUCAAAGUAUUCCUAGAGAACGUCAUCCGCGACGCCGUCACGUACACCGAGCACGCGAAGAGGAAGACCGUCACAGCCAUGGACGUCGUGUACGCCCUGAAGCGACAGGGACGCACCCUAUACGGUUUCGGCGGUUAAACGUUCGGCGUGUCUAUACGUAUAUAACCGGCUCCCGACUACGUGAUAUAAAGCAGAAGAGGAACAACAACAACACCAACACCAAC